AGCACAGGCCCUUCCUGGUUGGGAGUGCCGGCGCGCGGCCCGUCCUCCUUGACGCCGGAGAGUUAGGUUGAGCGAGAGGCGCGGGGAAGAUUUGGGGAAACUGGAAUUUCCCGCGGAGCUGACGGCGCUUGCUCUCCCCCUACUCGUUUUAAUUCCACGCGCUGCAAAAUAUCCGCCAUGGAGAAAUCUUGGUAAUGACCCAAUCCCCGUAAGCAUCCCAGGAACACAUCUGACUCCUGCUUAAUUCCUCCCCUUCCCGCCGCCGCCGCCGCCGCCGCCGCCGAAUUAUGGGUUAGGAUGCCCAUUCUAGGCCCACUGGUGCUGUCCUAUUAAAGGUCAAGUAUCUGUGAAGGAGCUGUCGCAAGGGAGGGUGUGAAACAAGUCUAAUCUGCUGCCAUCAUGAACUUCGAAGGUCUGGACCCUGGACUAGCAGAGUAUGCCCCAGCCAUGCAUUCUGCCCUCGACCCUGUCCUGGAUGCCCAUCUGAACCAAAGUCUGCUACAGAAUGUGGAGCUGGACCCAGAGGGAAUGGCCUUGGAGGCUCUUCCCAGCCAGGAGUCAGUACACAUAAUGGAAGGUGUCUACUCUGAAUUGCACAGUGUGGUGGCUGAAGUGGGUGUGCCUGUCUCCGUCUCCCACUUUGACUUGCACGAGGAGAUGCUGUGGGUGGGAUGCCAUGGGGGCCAUGCCACUUCGUUUUUUGGCCCUGCCUUGGAGCGUUACUCAUCCUUUCAGGUCAAUGGCAGUGAUGAUAUUCGGCAGAUACAGAGCCUGGAGAAUGGUAUCCUUUUUCUCACCAAGAACAACCUCAAGUAUAUGGCCCGUGGGGGCCUCAUUAUGUUUGACUACCUGCUGGAGGACAGUGAGGACAUGCACAGUCUCCUGCUGACCAAGAGCAGCACUCUGCUUGUUGCUGGGCUGCAGAGCCACAUUUUGGAAAUUGACCUUAACACUGUCCAGGAGACUCAGAAGUAUGCAGUCGAGACUCCUGGAGUCACUGUCAUGAGGCAGACAAAUCGCUUCUUCUUCUGUGGCCACACAUCUGGCAAGGUUUCCCUGCGAGACCUCCGUACCUUUAAGGUGGAGCAUGAGUUUGAUGCUUUCUCAGGGAGUCUCUCGGAUUUUGAUGUGCAUGGCAACCUGCUGGCUGCCUGUGGCUUCUCGAGCCGCCUCACUGGCCUGGCCUGUGACCGUUUCCUCAAGGUGUAUGAUCUGCGCAUGAUGCGCGCCAUCACCCCACUUCAGGUGCAUGUGGAUCCUGCCUUCUUGCGCUUCAUACCCACAUAUACUUCUCGUCUUGCUAUCAUCUCCCAGUCAGGGCAGUGCCAGUUUUGUGAGCCCACAGGCCUGGCCAACCCAGCAGACAUCUUCCAUGUGAAUCCUGUGGGGCCUCUGCUCAUGACGUUUGAUGUAUCAGCCAGCAAGCAGGCCUUGGCCUUUGGGGAUUCUGAGGGCUGUGUGCACCUCUGGACUGAUUCCCCUGAGCCUUCCUUCAACCCCUACUCCCGAGAGACCGAGUUUGCUUUGCCCUGUCUCGUGGACUCACUGCCGCCUCUGGACUGGAGCCAGGACUUGCUGCCUCUUUCCCUCGUCCCCGUCCCACUCACCACUGAUACACUGCUCUCUGACUGGCCUGCUGCCAACUCCUCUCCAGCGCCCAGGCGAGCACCCCCUGUAGACGCGGAGAUUCUGCGCACGAUGAAGAAGGUGGGCUUCAUUGGCUAUGCGCCCAACCCCCGCACCAAGCUGCGCAAUCAGAUUCCUUACCGACUCAAAGAGUCAGAGAGUGAAUUUGACAGCUUCAGCCAGGUCACUGAGUCACUCAUAGGGCGUGAAGAGGAGCCACAUCUCCACAUGGUCUCCAAGAAAUACCGCAAGGUGACUAUCAAAUACUCCAAGCUAGGGCUGGAGGACUUUGACUUCAAACACUACAAUAAGACCCUGUUUGCUGGAUUAGAGCCCCACAUCCCCAAUGCCUACUGUAAUUGCAUGAUUCAGGUGCUGUAUUUCUUGGAGCCCGUUCGCUGUCUAAUCCAGAGCCACUUGUGCCAGAAAGAGUUCUGCCUGGCAUGUGAGCUGGGCUUCCUCUUCCACAUGUUGGACCUCUCCCGUGGUGACCCUUGUCAGGGCAGUAAUUUUCUUCGGGCGUUCCGCACCAUUCCUGAGGCCUCAGCCCUUGGUCUGAUUCUGGCCGACUCAGAUGAGGCAUCAGGCAAGGGCAAUCUGGCCAGGCUCAUUCAGAGGUGGAAUCGCUUCAUUCUCACUCAGCUGCAUCAGGAUAUGCAGGAGCUGGAAGUACCGCAGGCUUAUCGAGGUGCUGGUGGCAGCAGCUUUUGCUCCUCGGGGGACUCUGUCAUUGGGCAGCUGUUCAGCUGUGAGAUGGAAAACUGCAGCCUGUGCCGCUGUGGCAGUGAGACUGUGCGGGCCUCCUCCACCCUGCUCUUUACGCUUUCCUACCCUGAGGGCAGCAACAAUGAUAAAACCGGGAAGAGCUGUGACUUUGCUCAGGUGCUGAAGCGAAGCAUCUGCCUGGAGCAGAAUACACAGGCCUGGUGUGACACCUGUGAAAAGUACCAGCCCACGAUUCAGACCCGCAACAUCCGCCAUCUGCCAGAUAUCCUUGUCAUCAACUGUGAGGUGAACAGCUCGAAAGAAGCAGACUUCUGGAGAAUGCAGGCUGAAGUUGCCUUCAAGAUGGCAGUGAAGCAACGUGGUGGGGAAACCUCUACAAACAAGGAGUUUGGUCUGGCUGAUUGGAAGGAACUAGGGCAUCCAGAGGGCGUGCUGAUGUGUCCCUCCAUUGAGGAGUUGAAGAAUGUCUGGCUUCCUUUCUCCAUUCGCAUGAAGAUGAGCAAGAGCAAAGGGCUGGAUGUUUGCAAUUGGACUGAUGGGGAUGAGAUGCAGUGGGGCCCGGCCAGGGCAGAGGAGCAGCAUGGUGUCUAUGUGUAUGACCUGAUGGCUACUGUAGUACACAUCCUGGACUCACGCACAGGGGGCAGCCUGGUGGCUCACAUCAAAGUUGGAGAGACCUACCACCAGUGCAAGGAGGGUGUUACCCACCAGCAGUGGUAUCUCUUCAAUGAUUUUCUUAUUGAACCUAUUGAUAAGCAUGAAGCUGUGCAGUUUGACAUGAACUGGAAAGUGCCUGCUAUCCUUUAUUACAUCAAAAGGAAUCUUAAUUCCAAAUACAAUCUGAACAUCAAGAACCCCAUUGAGGCAAAUGUCCUGCUGGCUGAAGCCUCUCUAGCACGGAAGCAACGGAAGACACAUACCACCUUUAUUCCUUUGAUGCUGAAUGAGAUGCCACAGGUUGGGGACCUGGUGGGCCUGGAUGCUGAGUUUGUCACCCUUAAUGAGGAGGAAGCAGAGUUACACAGUGAUGGCACAAAGUCUACCAUCAAACCAAGCCAGAUGUCAGUAGCAAGGAUCACAUGUGUUCGGGGCCAGGGACCUAAUGAGGGUAUCCCCUUCAUUGAUGACUACAUCUCUACCCAGGAGCAGGUAGUGGAUUACUUGACUCAGUACUCAGGGAUAAAGCCAGGAGAUCUCGAUGCCAAGAUCUCCUCUAAGCACCUGACAACUCUCAAGUCUACCUACCUAAAGCUUCGUUUUCUUAUAGACAUUGGAGUCAAGUUUGUGGGCCAUGGUCUGCAGAAGGACUUCCGGGUCAUCAACCUCAUGGUACCCAAGGACCAAGUCCUUGACACGGUCUAUCUGUUUCACAUGCCCCGAAAACGAAUGAUUUCCCUACGAUUCCUUGCUUGGUACUUUCUGGACCUGAAGAUUCAAGGGGAGACCCAUGACAGUAUUGAGGAUGCCCGCACAGCCCUUCAACUCUACCGAAAGUAUCUAGAACUAAGCAAAAAUGGCACUGAACCUGAGUCCUUCCACAAAGUGCUCAAGGGUCUUUAUGAGAAGGGCCGAAAGAUGGACUGGAAGGUGCCUGAGCCAGAGGGCCAGACAAGUCCCGAGAGUAAGGCUGGGAUGGGACAAGGGAAACUGGCCUGAGUGGGCUUUGACUGCAUAUGUGAGCAUUAUAUCCACCCUAAUAAUGAUGAUGAUGGUGUUUACAUUUGUAAAGCACUUAACAGUUGACAAGGCACUUAAUCCUCUGAACAUUCAGUGAAACAUAUUAUAUUAUUGAAAUUAUCCAUUGGUCCUAGCCUCCUCUUGCCAAUUCUAAAAUAUCUAGGGCCGGUCCAUGACCUCUUUUCUCUUGCAUUUUUCCUUCAUAAGUAUCCCAGGUGCUUUUUCUCUGUUCACCUAAGAGUCAGUGCCAUUGGUUUUGUCUCUGACAGAUGCAGCUGUCUUCUCCUCGGUGCUGGCGCUCUGACCUCACCAUAUCCCAACAGCUACUCCCUCUCCCUUCAGAAUUCUGCAGCCCCAGAACUGGGGGAUGGCUUCCCAGGUUGGCUAUACUCUGUCCACUUCCAGAAUUGGACCUGCUCAGGGUCUACAGAUGGUGCUCUUAAUAGAACUGGAAUGCAGCAGAAUUGUUGCAAAAGGUCUAGGAGCUAGAUUCCUUUUUCAUCCUUUGCAAAAUAGUGGGCCAGAAACAGAGUCUAGAAUUAACCCAGAUGGAAAGUAAUUGGUAUUCCCUUAAUAAAUAUCCUGGGUAAUUAAUAUCCAGAUAAAAAGCCCCUGGAAUCAGAAUUCUCAGUUCCUAAGUUGGUUAAAGACUGAAGUCCUGGACAAUGAUAGGAUACAACAGCUCAAGACUUAGCUCAAGUCUCUGAAUGCUGGAGGGAUGCCUGGUCAGACCAGCAGGUAGAGUCUUGGUGGCCUAGCACACCAGUGUUGCCAAUACCAUCACUGCCAAAAGGGCCUUUGGGUCCUAGACAAAGCUUGGCUGCUGGCUUCAUUCCAGCUGACAGCUGAGAAGCAUCUGUCUUCCAUCCACUUUCCUGUCCCAAGUUUUGUUAUUUUUUUAAAAUUUGUUUUAAACCGCAUGUUUUAUAAAAUAAAAAUAUCCUUGGCUGUCA